ACUGUAAGUGCUUAGGCCAUGACACUUGUAAUUUGAAAAUGGCACGAGCGAGUCGCAAACGAAGUUGCAAUGCCUUAAGCAACUUAAGGGAAACUAUGAGUUUAUCAGCUGUGACUGUUCUAAUCUGCUUGGGAACCAAUCAUUUGGUAUUGGCUGGUGGCUAUGGAGGAGGCUAUGGCGGAGCUGGAGCUUCAGCUUCGGCCAGCGCUAGUGCAAGCAGUUUUUCUUCGGGAGGUAAUGGCGGUGGCUGUAGUGGCGGCUGUGGUGGCGGUGGCGGUGCUGCUGUUGGCAAUCCCUUUCUUCCUGGUGGUGGCCUCAGCAUACAUAAGGAAGUCAGUCUGAAUGGACUUAAGCAAGGAAUUAGCGGUGUAGUUGGUGGCAUUUUAGAUGGUGUGGGCAAAUUGCAUUUCGGUCUUGCAGCAGCUGGCGGUGGUGGUUUCGGUGGAGGUGCAGGCGGUGGUUUUGGAGCUCCUGUUAAAAGCGGCAAUCCUUUUUUGUCAGGCGGCAAAGGUGGUAUAGGGGCCUCUGUUUCAGCCGUUGGACAUGCAGGAAUUUUAAAUGGACCUAGUAGUUGCGGUAAUGGUGGUUCAUGUGGUCCAAAUGGUUCUGGUAGACCCAGUGGCUCUGGGCCCAUUAGGAACCCGGAUUUAUCCUAUGUACCUCCCGUAGGCGGAAAUCAGCCAUGGCAGCCUGGUGCAGAUCCAAAUAUUAACUCGAUUGGUAGCCCCUCAGAUUGGCAUCCAGGUGUAAAUCCAAAUCCUACAACAUGUCGCGGUGGCUCGUGUGGUGGUUCAAAAGGACCAGUUGGGCCAGGGAGUGUUCCUGGUGGAUACGGAGGAGGUGCUGGAGGUGGAGCCGGUGGUGGAGGCGGUGCUGGAGGUGGUGCAGGCGGCGCUGGGGGUCACGGUGGCAGUCAUGGAAACCCUGGUAGGCAUGGUAGUCCAGGAGCGUAUGGCAGUGGUGCUGGUGGUGGAGGCGGAGGAGGAGGAGCUGGAGGUGGUGGCGGCGCUGGUGGAGCUGGCGGUCAUGGUGGAGGUUUUGGUGGCGCUGGUGGUGUAGGAGGCUUUGGUGGACGACCUGGUAGUCCUGGAGGAUAUGGUGGUGGAACAGGUGGUGGUGCUGGCGGCGGUGGUGGUGCUGGUGGAGGUGCAGGAGCAGCCGGAGGUUAUGGUGGAGGCUCUGGCAGUGCUAGCGGACCUGGAAACUUUGGUGGUCCCACAGGUCCCGGCGGAUAUGAUGGUGGUGUAGGAGGUGGUUCUGGUGGAGGUGGAGGAGCCGGGGGAGGUGCAGGAAGUUCUGGGGGCCUUGGAGGUUACGGCGGAAGCCCAGGAAGUCCCGGUAGACCAGGUAAACAAAGUGGAUAUGGAGGCGGUGGUGGUGGCGGUGCUGGAGGUGGUGGUGGAGCUGGUGGUGGAGCUGGUGGUGGAGCUGGUGGUGGCGCAGGCUAUGGAGGUGGUCUAGGAGGAGCAGGGGGUUAUGCUGGAAUUCCAGGUAGUCCUGGUGGACCCGGUGGUUAUGGCGGUGGAGUAGGUGGCGGUGCAGGAGGUGGAGGAGGAGCCGGAGCUGGCGGAGGAACCGGAGUUGGUAGCAGCGGUGGUCCAGGAGGACCUGGCGGUUAUGAUGCAAGUCCUGGUGGUUAUGACGGUGGUGCCGGAGGUGGUGGAGGCGGCGGAGCUGGAGGUGCCGCAGGCUUUGGAGGUGGAGUAGGAGGAGCCGGCGGUUAUGGUGGAAGUCCUGGUCUACCAGGCAGCCCUGGUGGCCAUGGUGGUUAUGGUGGAGGAGCAGGCGGUGGUGCUGGAGCCGGUGGAGGCGCAGGAGCUGGCAGUGGUGGGCCAGGGGGACCUGGCGGAUAUGGUGGAAGACCUGGUAGCCCUGGUGGAUAUGGUGGUUACGGCGGAGGAGCAGGUGGUGGUGCUGGAGGUGGUGGUGGAUCUGGAGCUGGUGGAGGAGCCGGAGCCGGUGGUCAUAGCGGUCCAGGGGGAACUGGGGGUUAUGGCGGAAGCCCUGGUAGUCCCGGUGGACCUGGUGGUGCCGGUGGAGAAGGUGGUGGUCUAGGAGGAAGUGGCGGAUAUGGUGGCAGACCAGGCAGCCCGGGUGGACCUGGCGGUUAUGGGGGAGGUGGCGGAGGUGGUGGAGGCGCCGGUGCUGGUGGAGGUGGUGGCCAUGGCGGAAAUCCAGGAGGCAAUAGCGGCUUUGGCGAUCUAGGCGGCCCCGGAGGACACAACAGUGACGCUGGAGCAGGAAGGGGCCCCGGAGGUUACCCCAGUGGACAUGGUGGCCCCGGAAUUUCUGGCAAACCUGGUGGCUCUAAUGGUAGUGGCAGUUCCGGCUUAGGUCCGUCGCCCUGUAAUUCUGGUUCCUGCAACAGUGGCAAGGGAUUUGGUUCUUUAAUACCAAAUUUUUCUGGUGCUGGAGCUUUUAGCAGUGCAAGUGCUUCUAGUUUUGCCACAGCUGGUAGUGGAGCUUUUGGAUUUGGUGCACCCGGCUUGGGAAGCGGUUGUUCAACUGGAAAAUGUGGCGGAAAUGGAGGCCAUGGCAAAUCUGGAGCCUAUGCCAGUGCCUCGGCUUCGUCGUCAGCCUAUGCUGGAGGCUAUUAACACAGACGAACAUUUUUCUUCAAAAAUACCGAAAUCUGUGUGAAACCAUGUUGUAUGUAUGUAUGU